CUAAGCCAUUUAUAAGCUGGACCCACAUAGUGCUCCAAGGUCCACAUCACCGGAUACCGAAAAUGGGAAGAGUCUUGUGGCUCGCAUUGGCUUCGCUUUCUUGGGCUUUAACGGUGCUGGCGAAACUCGGCCCCCCUGGUGGACCUCAGAAGCUGACGCACGAAAUAGCCGAUACCUUGGAGGUGUUUCGAAGCUUUCCGUAUGUUGUGUCUAUCACGGACUCGAACAAUGACACUAUAUUUGAAUGCAUGGAAGCAAACAGAACCGAGUUUGACCCCGUGGCAAUGACAGCGACUUUUGUCUGGAUAUUUCGUGCGCCGGGGUCUUCUAAUAGAAUAGAGAUCCCAGUGCCUCAAAAAGUGGGACAAGAACCAGGAACAGUAGAAUUCCUGGACCCUCAAGAUGGAACGCCAAGGGAAGGAAAGAUAUAUUACACAGAUUAUGACACCUGUGCCAUUCUUGAUUUUGAAAUUCUUGGACAUCAAUGUGCCCUCUGGGUUCCGAGAGACGUCGUUUACUCCGUGCCACAAGAAUGCAUCGAGCAAUUUGAAGACACAUGCGGCGUGCUGGUUCCUGAGCGCCGCAGAGAACUUUGUGCUGACAGCGAUAUCAACAUUUAAUCA